AUGUCGCUUCCCUUCUCUACCAGUAUACGUCAGUUCUAUUCUCUACCACUCUCCUUAAUUCUCUUCUCUAACAUUCUACGUCACUUAUCUCCUCUACCUGACAAUGUCAAUUCUCUACCAGUCUCCUUCAGUUCUCUUCUCUGCCAGUCUACAUCAGUGCUCUUAUCUACCAGACUCUGUCAUUUCUCUUCUCUACCAUUCUACGUCAGUUCUCUUCUCUACCAGUCUAAAGUCUCCUCUACCAGUUCCUCUUCUCUUCUAAUACCGUUCUACAUCACUUCUCUCUUCUACCAGAAUAUUUCAAUUCUCUACCAGUCUCCUUCAGUUACGCUUCUCUACCAGUCUACGCCACUUUUCUUCCCUGCCAGUCUACGUUGUCCUUCUUCUCUACUGGUCUACGUCAGUUCUCUUCUCUUUCAGUCUACGUCGCUUCAUUUCUCUACCAGUCUACAGCGCUUCUCUUCUCUGCCAGUAUACGUCAGUUCUCUUCUCUACUAG